AUGAGCGUUGCACUUGUUUCGAGGGAGAUACGACCGCCGAAGGUUUACAAAUUCGAUGUGGAUAUAACCAGCUUUACAUGUGCGUUCAUUUAUGGCUUUAUGGGUAAAAUUUUCGAUAAAUUUAUUGCUUAUAUUAUACUUUCAGUGAAGAACUUUCGAAUCGGGACACAUCAACAAGAACUGGAGGUGUCGAUUUCCCUGAACAAUCCUGAUAUUGUGAUAUUGGACAGCUUAUGUAAAAGGACUUAUGGAGAUUGUCCACGGUACUGCGAUCAUCGUAGGUUUUCGUAUAUAACAUGAGACUGUGAAAAGUCUUGAUUUCUUGGUGGAAUUGUUUUCAUAUAUACCUAACAUAAACUAGGCCAAUACUUUUUAUGUUAAAAUUCAUAAAAUUUGCCGGUCCUAGCCCCUAAAAAUCUCGGUUGAUUAUGCAGAAUGCAAGCUAGCAAUCUCGCGUACGUCUUACAUUAGAAUAAUUUGAAAGAACUUUUAGGCUCAUAACUUUACAAUGGGCAUCUUUUUUUCAGCCACUCUCUGUAAAAUCUACUGUAACCCGAUCUGCUGCACGUCAACAUCACUAAGAUUACGACAAUGCAACCGGUUCUCCGGCCAGUAUAAGCACAAGUCCACCCGGUUUCAAGUUCUUCGCGAGUUUUGGAAGAGCUAUGCCGACGACUCGGUGGGAGUGUACGCAAGAGAUGUCAUGUUUCUGACCGCAAACAAUGGCGACGUCUUAAAGUUGGAACACCAAACUUUCGCGCUAAGUGUUGUGAUCUCCCUCGUCAAUUUGAUUGCGCAGGACAUAUUUGUUCCAAUGUAUGUGGGAGACUAUAUAUUAUGUCGGGAAAAUAAUGUAGAUGUGUCGCAGUAAAAUAUUGUCUCGCCUCGUCGCAGUAGUGCUCCAAAUCGUUUGCUGCUAGCCAUCGCAAAGCGAUGAUGGGCGAUUCCAAUGCGCAAAAAAUCCGCAUUAUUUUCCCGACAGACUAAUGUAUGUAAUCGUGGGCGUACCUACGUACUAGUCGUUCCAGGAAGUGCGUAGACUUUUUUCGCGGCGCCCAAAAUUCACGCCGGCUCCGUUGAGAAAAGCUUGCGUCGCUGCGAUAUAGCACUUGCAGAAGGUCAAACAAAUGCCGCUAAAAAGGAGUUUUGUGCACGGUGCGGCCCAUGCCAAAAAAGUCUACGCACUUUCUGAAACGACUAGCUGUGACUUUGUAAGCCCAAAUCGAAUGUUUUUCAGGUAUAUUCUUGGUCUCGGCCGAACUGCAGACAAGGAAUCUUUUGUGGAGCAGCUCUAUUACAACAACCAUAUUCCUCUGCCCGUAGUUACACUCACAUAUGACGGAAUGGCCCCUGGGACGCAUCAAUUCGUAUUCGGAGAGUACCACAAUGACUAUUGUGGGGAGUGGAGUCGUUUCGACUUGGUGAGCGAAACUGAAUGGAUGAUCGAUGCCGAAGGCGUGGCCUUCUUUGAUUAUCAAUAUCAGGGAAGGUUUAGAGUAAGUAUACAGUAAUUGAGGGUUCAACUUUUUGUUUCUGUGAGACAACAGAUACUAUCAGUUUGUCGGGAAAAUAAUGGGUACUCUGUCGCAUAGCUGUCUAGAAAAUGAUCUGUAUCGAGGUAAAAUCAAAUUGCUUUUGAAUGCAGCGACACGAUUGGCGCAGCGACAUUGUGCACAUUAUUUUCCCGACAGACUGAUAACCGCUGCAAAAAGUCCUUGGAAGUUCUCGCGGCCCCAGCAAUUCUGCUCAGACCACGACAUUUUACGUCGCGUUGAAUUAUCGCUGUAUUUUCAUAAGAUGCACGGGCAACUCGAAGCCCAUUUUUUUCGAUUGAAAAGCAAACGACAGAAAAGAAUUUUUCGUGGGAUUUUCCGAAAGAAAAAUCUUUUUCUCGGAAUUAUUUUUUUUUGUCAAUUUUGACACUUCGUUUUGACGAAACUCCAAAAUGGGCGGGGAACAUUUUUUUCUAUCGGUCUGUCGGGAAAAAAACGGCGGAUCGUCGCGCCUCCGAAUCGCCCAUCAUCGCUUUGCGACUGCAAGCCGCGGCUUGGGAUUUGGUGCGCGACAGCGGCGAGGCGAGACAUUUUGAUGCGACGAUCCGCCGUUAUUUUUCCGACAGACUGAUAUUUCGGGUUGCCGUGCGAUGCGAUUUUCGAUGCGACAGAGUGCUCAUUAUUUUCCCGACAGACUGAUAGUAUUAUGUUUUCAUAAAGUGCAUGGACAUUUUUUCGUUCUUGCACAGUGCCUCUUGAAUGUUUUUUCAUCUUUGUCGCCAACGCACAGUGCAUCUUCCCUUUGCGCAUCGUGCAAACCUCAAAAAAGCGGUUUUCACCGUUUUCACCGUGCAAGUUCUUCAGCAGAACCUCGACGACGCAGUUGGAAAACGCUUACGUCGCAACGAUGUUUCGCUGCACGGUGCGAAAUCAAAAAGGAGAGUGAAAUGCACGGUGCAGGAAGGGGUUUUUUAUUCGCGGUGAGGAGCGCGACAAAUGUCCAUGCACUUUAUGAAAAUGCUAUUAUAAAAUUUUACCUCCAUUUUCAGAUAGCAAUAUCUGAAAGCCCCAUUCUUCGGAUGCCUCGGCAUGUUCUGCAAUCCUUCAUAGAUCGGGGCUUAUUAGUCGUCAAAAGCGGAUACGAAAUCAGGUAUUACGUCAAGCUAGAUCCAACGCAAAACUUCGACUACGGUAGAAAUCAAGUCGCUUUGCCGCAUGUAAAAAAUGCGUUUCGUGACAAAUAUAAAUCGGGUAUGGAGAAUAUAUUGGGUCGUACGGUAAUAUGUGCCUUUGAGCCGCUUAAUCUUGCCCGUCCUGCCUUAUCAGCCCCUGAGCGCUGUCCUCGAACCAUUGCAUUAUGUAUCCUUUGUGUUUUUGUAUGACACAAAGGAUGACUAAUGCUUUUUCAGCUGGACAACAAUCGAGGGUGUGGCGGUGCUUGUUUGUUGUCCGAUUCCACCUUCGGAUAG